AGAUUUUUUUUUAUGGCAUAAUCCGGUAAACGAGCAGACGGAUCACCUGAUGGUAAGCAAUCGACGCUGCCCAUGGACACUCGAAACACCAAGGCGUUACAAGUGCGUUAGCGGCCUUUUGGGAAUUGGGCAUUUGAGGAUUGUUGGGGAUUCAGGGAUUGGUGAGAUUGGGGAAGGGGAGGGUAAUUGGGCCUCCGGUAACCUCACUCACACGACGAAACACAACGCAAGCGUUGCUUCACGUCGGUUUUCUGUGAGGCCGUGGUAUCACUCCGGUCGAGUCAGCCACUUUUCACUAUUUAUGUUAUGAGUCCCAUGUAA